UGUUUAAGAUGUCGGCACGUUUCUAUUCCGUCUGUCGUUUGUUUUCAACAAAUGUCACAAAAAAUGCCAUAAAUAAGAAUGCAGUGGGUGGCCAAAGCCUUGUCGACAGUGUGGCAGUAACUAGAAAUGGCAGAACAAUUGUUGCCUGGCAUCCAGAGACCAAGUUCCCCUACGAACACACAAAGCCAUUGCCGCAUACUGUCGAGAAGCAGAGUUCGGAAUAUAUUAAGGAAACUGCGAUGCAAUCGGCAAUGAGUGCAUUUAAGAACAAGCAUCCCGAAGUUGCCCGCCAGGAGCUGAUGAAGCUGACGCACACCACAAAGCAUCGCUGGUUCCCCCGAGCACGCGACAAGAAGGCCAAAAAGACGCCCAUGGACCGGCCUUACUUGUAAAAUACAUAAGAUUACAUAAGUGCUGAAUAAAUGUAUGCUUUUGUGUUUGAAUAAAA